AUGUCUCUCCGCAUCGUGCCCGCCGACGACCACUCGUCCUCCUUCAGCCACAUCAGCGAGCGGACCGCGGCCGCGCCAUCAGCGCCGGGCCUGCACGACACUCUGCGCGCGGGCGUCGGGCCGUCAGCGCACGCGAGCGCCGAGGGACAGCCAGCAUCAGGCCACCCGCUAGAGGCGCGGCUGAAGGCUUGGGAGGCGACGAGGCACGCGCUGCGCAUGGAGACGCUGCGGCGGACAUACGGCAUGGCGGAGCCCAUCCGCCGUGGCAUGGAGCUCAAGAUUACUCGCGACGGCGAGUGGCGGCCCAUGGCGCUCGGCGGGAGCGGCACCGGCGGCCAGGCGAGCGUCCACGAAGAGAUCCUGUCGGGCCGCGACACCACCAUCACCUGGGAGGACGUCUACAGCGGCGAAGACACACGCGCUGUCGUCGGCAUGCAAGACGAGAUGGAGCGCAAGCUAAACAUCUAG